UGUAUCCGUCAAGAAGAGUGAACGACUCCGUGCACUGGUUCAUGGGCGAGCUGACGUCCCGGGUGGUCGCGGAGUCGGGGAAACCUUCCGACAGACACCAUCUCGGGAAAAUCCUUCUGCAAAGCCUUAAGGAUGAUGCGGAUUUCGUUUCGCAGAUCGACGGUGGGACCGGCGAAUCAGAAACCAAUGUUAAAGUCCUCGCGAGGACAGUUCGCUGCGCCAUCGCCCUCAAGAGCCGGGGUCUCCGGCGCGGUGACGUCAUCACCCUCAUGGCUCCGAACCACAUCGACCUGGCCAUACCGUUCUACGCGGCGCUUUACCUAGGAGUCAUUGUGUCACCUAUUGACAUGACCUUGGGUGUUAACGAACUCCAAAGCAACUUUGAAGUGUCCAGACCUAAGGUGGUGUUCUGCCAGAGUGCGCGGGCCCAAGACGUUCAGCAAGCUCUAAAAAAAAUCGAGUUAGAUCCCUUCAUAAUAACCUUCGAUAAGGGUGGCCCGUGCAGUUUCAUCGAAUUUUUGGAGAAAUAUGGAAGUCAAAGUUCUGUUGAAAAGUUCAAACCAACGGACUUCGAUCCUGAAGCUACAAUCGCCAUCCUGAUCGCUACCAGCGGGACCACCGGGUUACCUAAAUGUGCUGCCGCCACUCAGAAGAAUUUCGCUGUCACCGGACCGUACGUAUGGACUCGGUACACCAAGUUCCCAACUCCAACUAAGAUGGUACUGAUAGCAUCACCAGUGCAAUGGAUGACGGCGCAAGUGAUGAUUCUGAUGUCUCCUGUAAUCCGUUUUACCAGACUGCAAUCGUCUCAAUCUUUAACGCAGCGACACACGUAUGAUCUUAUCAACACUUAUAAGCCAACCUAUACUGUAUUUAGUCCAACGUUCAUGACCACGUUGCUGAUACUAGAAGGAGCAGAACAGUGCGAUUUCAGCUGUUUUGAGACCAUCACUAUGGGAGGAGGGAAAGUGUCAGCGGAGCUCGUCGGAGAGGUUAAGAAACUAACACCUAACACAGAAGUGUUGAUCGGGUAUGCAAUAAGCGAGGCAUCAACAAUGGUGUUCGUAAACGACGCGACGAAUGACAGAAAUCCAAUCCUGGGCUCCGUUGGAAAACCCAUAGGGUGCUGGCAGUACAGAUUGAUAGAUGUUCAGACCCAAGAAGACAUAAGCGAAGCAUACAAAAAUGGAGAAAUAUGGUUGAAAGGUCCUGGAAUUGUUAAAGGCUACUAUGAAAACCCAAAGGCAACGGCAGAGGCGUUUACCAAAGAUGGUUGGUUCAAGACUGGCGAUAUGGUAUACAGGGAUGAAAACUACAACUUCUUCUUUGUAGAACGAAUUAAAAUGCUCCUGAAAUAUAUGAACCAUCAGAUCUCGCCACUGGAACUGGAGGCUACAAUACGUCAACACCCGGGGGUGUUGGACGUGGCCGUGACCGGUAUACCGGACAAGCGCGGGGAGCUACCGGUCGCUUGCGUGGUGCGGCGGCCAGGGCAUGACGUCAGUGCCGAGGAGAUCAAACAGCUGGUCAAAGAAAAUUUAUCGGACUCGAAACAGCUAAGGGGAGGCGUACUAUUCUUGGACGCGAUUCCGCAAACGGCAACCACGAAGGUCCACCGAAGAAAACUCAAGGAGAUAGCCUUGAACAUGAUAGCGGAUCAAUAAAUAACAAACCAUUCUUGUUCGCACU